UUUUUGAGUAAAUGACAGUUUGCCACCACUAUGUUUGGGGUUUUUUGCAGACCAGUCUCCUUCUAUUAUUUCUUGCAGUUGACAUCCCCUAUCUUUUUUGCCGCCUCGAUUUGCACUCAAAAUCUCACUUCCGUCAAAUAGCACCGUUAAGUUUAACGGAACCAGGGAUAUUUUUGUAAAUUCGUGUAUAGAACAAAUGCCCCUUCGUUCCCCCCCCCCCUCCUGUGUUACAACGAGCGCGCAAACACAGUUAUGUACUAACAAAAACUCUCUAUAGAACCCUAGCGAAGAAAAUCAAAAAAUGCGAGGUCGAUUAAGGAAGCAAGAUGGUGAUCCGAACCCUAAUAUUACUUGGGCUGAAGUUCCGGCAGAAUAUUGGAAGCAAGUCCUUGAAGAAGGAGUGGCACCCCCGAUCAUUCGUGAACCAUCUCUACCAAAUGGCUGUGAAAUACCAAACUAUGCAAGUAAUAUUCUGAUCUAAGCGUAUUUUCAUUGAUUUUGUUAUAUGUGGUACUCUUUGUGGUUGCAUGUCGAGUUUAGGGAUUUUUUAUGUUUACUGGUUUAGGGUUUUGUAUUGAUUUGUUAUAUGGGUUUUGUAUUGCUUGCUAUAUGAGUUUAGGGUUUUGUAUUGAUUUGCUAUAUGGGUUUUGUAUUGCUUGCUUAAUCGUAGUGUUUUUUGAGUUUGCUAUAUGUUAAUAAUAAUCUGGAUUUUGGUUGUAUGUCUUACUUAAAAUUAGUCUUAAUUAUGGUUUCGUGUUGCUAUGUUCCCCCAAAUUACAGGCGAUUCCAUUUACUUUUCACUUAAAAUUCAUCAUGGUGGUUUUUUCACUGAUAAUUUUGAAGAAUAUACCGGAAAUAAUGUCGAUUACUUUGAUAUGUGCUCUGUGAAUCAGUUCUGUAUGGUCGAUGUAGAGUCCAUGUUGUCUGAUUUAGGACUGAAGCUAGGUGGAUAUGAUUUAUGGUCAUGUAUACCUGAAAAUAAGCUCUCACAAGGUAUUUUGGAGGUUGAAACUGAGGACCAACUAGGGGUGUUGGUUGAUUUACUGGUAUAUGGUAAAAGAACAGAGAUAAAAGGAGUGAUGUCAUAGAAACAAGAGAAUCCGAUCCAACUAUGUUGAAGAGAUAUCAGGCAUCAUUGAAUUGCACUUACUGUAAAGAAAAGGGACAUAAUACAAGGACUUGCAAAGCAAAGAUGGUGGAUGAUGCAAACAAGGGAGAGCAAGGAGGUGCAAGUUCGAAAGAACCCAAAAAAUGUGGUAUAUGUAAAGGCACUGGACACAAUGCCAGAAGUUGCAAACAAAAGAAUGUUGAAGUGAAAAAGGGCCAAGAUGAUACCUCUACCAGGCCAAAUCCUGAAAAUGCUACAGCUCCAAAUGAUGCUCCACAGCAGCAGGCAGAUUGGGGUAUCACAGCUCCAACAGAAUUACCAGAUACUACACAUGGAGGCAUCCGCAAGCCCUACAAGCCCCCCUCUAGAAAUGUUUUAGGUGUUCAUUCAGUCCCUGGACAGCCAUUUACUACUUCAAGAAAUUUAGAGGCUGCAAGGAGGAGGAUGGAGAAGAACGUCGGUAAGAAGGCUUCUUGAUGCUGCAAAGGGGUGAAAUCUUUUGUUUGGAGAUAGGAGGUAGAUGGUGAUUUAUUUUGUGGUAGUUGCAGACAUUAAUAUUGGUGGUUGUAUGGUUGUAUUUGCAAAAGCCGUGGGUUUCUAUUUUGCACAGACAAUUUAGACAUGUGCUGCUUUUGUGGCUUUGAUUAUGCUGGUUAUGUGGCUUUGAAUAUUAAACUGCCAUGAUGCCCUUCAUGCUGGUUAUGUAAUCUGUUUA